GACCCUGCGCGAAAGGGACAGACUGGCAGCACACUUCGUGUGCUCACACACGCAGUUCUGGAGUGCAGUCCGCUACGGCUUCAUUCCAACUGCUUCCAAGCCAGUUGUGGACGAUGCGCCCCUUUCAUGGUGUGAGACUGGUGGCUGGGGUGCACUCGACCUCUUUGCCGAGUCGCAGCGGCCUUGGACGGCAGACCUGUGGAAGAAACGCCGGGAGAAGAUGGUGUCAGCGGGGCUCGCCAAGAAGCAGCGACGCUUUAGCAAGCUGGAUUUGACCGCCAUCAUUCUGGACAAGGGUCUGACCUCCAAAGCAGCACUUCUGGCAUAUGUGCAGGACCACGGAACAGAGGAGAUGCAAGCCUUUGUGCACGCCAACCAGAAGAAACUCAAGGAGUUCUUGGAUGAAGCUGCUGAGUGGGACCGGGCACGGUCUGACGCACGGAUGGAAGCAGAGACGGAUUGGGAGUUGGUCUGUCGGAUAGCCGAGGGGAGCUGUUGCCAUGGGGAAGUGUGCUCUUACAUGGAAGCCGUCACAGCUUUCUUCGCAGCAAACGCCGCAUCUAUCUCUCAGAACAAUCUGGCCGCAGCUUUGCGAGCCAUCAUCUGUAGCGGUCCGUCCAAGACGACACGUGUGCCUUUGGUUACUGGACCCACGAAUUCGGGGAAAACCACUUUGUUUCUUCCUUUCGACGAGGUCUUUGGGUUUCAUCGGGUCUUCCACAAGCCGGCGCUUGGUAGUAAGUUUGCCUUGCGCAACAUUCUUCGUGACAAGCGGUUCUUGUUCUUCGAUGAUUUCCGGCCAGUGGAGUACGCGCAAGAGAUGUUGCCUGUCUCAACAUUUCUCAGUCUCUUUCAAGGGCAGCCUCUGGAAGUCCAGGUGUCCCAAGCCUUUCGCGAUGGCAAUGUGGACUUCGAGUGGCACCGAGGCUGCAUCAUGACGGCGAAGGCAGACGGCUUGUGGACACCUUCCGGGUCCGUCUCGCCCGAAGACAUCCGGCACAUGCAGUCUCGAGUCACAGUCUUUGCUGCCACGAGCACCAUCUCCAGACUCCGGGACACACUUCCGUGCAGAAGGUGUUUGUGUUACUGGGUCUGUGAAUCGGCCAAACAGCAUGAUGCAGAAAGUGCUCUGGCAGCUCCGUUGCUUCAAGAUCCCACUCGGUCUGCAGGAGACACCUCCAAUAUCAUUGGCUUGGAGUCUCUGGCGCAGCAGGAGGACUGGCGCGGCUUGACAUGUUGGCCAUCUUUGCUACCCUUCGAGCAGCGCCGCCUGCUUGCUGCGCAAGCAGGAAGUGCUUGA